GUUGACUUCGAAACCACACUCAAGCUCGAGCUUCCAUAGCAACCUUGGAACGACGACCGUUCAUUCGCUGUUGUGAGGAUGUACCUUGACACCGUAGCGGCGGUGAGGUGCCAACGCAUUGUCGUCCCAGCCUCGCGAUUUGCAUGAUUCGCGCAUUCGAGACUCCACCAGCCACCUCACGAAAGUAUAGUAGAUUCUAGAGUAUCUUGCACAACAUCACUCCACAUUCCUCGCCCUGCGUCUCGACAAAGCCACGAGCUUGCAACGUGUAGCACGUUCCAAAAUGCAUAUUUCGACCCUCUUAUCACUGCCAACGACCAUACUUUUACUGCUCUGCGCUGCGCCCGUAGCAAGCGCACAGCAACAAUGGCCUCACAAUCUUCCGAAACAUAUGAAGUACUUCCCCGAGGAUGAGAGACAUGUGAAGCGGGGUCUGGACAUAAGAGAAAGGUUACACCACGAAAAGCCUGUGGGAAUGAAGAAGAUGAGUACAGACGAAGGCGAGAUGUUCAUGCUGGACAACUGGAUAUUUGCAUCGAGCCAAAGCAAGAGAUCGGACUUUGGGGACUUUGGGAAUAGCACAUACCAGGCACAGCCGGCGAUUAGACCAAACGCCGCUGACGAGUGGUUCGAACGGUUGCGCAUUAGGGAUGUCUUGCUCAAGAGGCAGUUCAAGUGUCCAGAAGGCACGCUCAGCUGCUCUUCGAUUGGGGCGCCGGACUUAUGCUGUGGGGGAAGCAGUACAUGCGUGAAAGUAGAGGGCUCCGAUAUUGGCUCUGUGGGCUGCUGUCCGAAUGGACAAACAUGCUCUGGCACGAUUAGCUGCAACGACGCUGCGGGCUACACCUCCUGUCCCAACUCAUCGAAUGGCGGAUGCUGUCUGCCUGGGUUUCAAUGCAGUGGUAUUGGCUGCGUUGCCGCUGGAACUUCGAUUACCUACGUCCAACCGUCCACAUCUGCACGCCCUUCAUCCUCAUCGACCACAGCCGUCGUAGUCCCUACAUCUGGCUCGAGCUCCGCUGUACCAACCACUUCCUCCACUCCCACGUCUACACCGGCCCCAUCGUCAUCACGACCAACGUCAGCCUACACUUGCUCUACCGGCUGGUUCUCCUGCCCCGUCAGCCUAGGCGGCGGCUGUUGCCAGAACGGCCGCGAGUGCGCAACAGGCGCAUCCUGCCUCGGUGACGAUCCAACCAGCAGCCAGGCGCCAUCAGCUCCCGUACGCCCCACUAGCGAGGCUGCUACGACGGUAACCUCAACCGCAUCCGAGGGCGAUAUAUGCCCCACCGGCUUCUACGUAUGCAGCGCAUACUACCCAUCCGGAUGUUGCAGAGUGGGCCGAGACUGUCAGACUACUGGAUCAUGCGUCCUACCUUCUUCGACCACAGUCAUCGCGACGAACGGCGUGACUGUUGUUGCGCCUUCUGGAGCUGCUGUUGCGACUGAGGGUGCCGCACAGGGUGGGUCUUGUCCUAGUGCCUGGUACAGCUGCCCAGCAAAUCAAGGUGGAAACUGCUGUCCCAAUGGCUACGCUUGCGGCGAGCAAUGUACGGCGACUGCAUCAGGCGUGUCGAGCGUUGAGGCGAAGGUUACGCCGAGUACAGCCUCAUUCGUGCCGCAGUGGUCGGUGUGGGGAAUGGUGAUCUCUGCGCUCGCCAUCGGCGCUGCUAUGGUCGCGUUAUGAGGCUAUGAUUCACGACUGAUGUUUACGACAGGCAUAUUAUGCUCAUUUCUAGCUAUCUAUGUAGAUGUAUUCCUAACAUAUUCUUACCUUUCCGA